AUGGAGAAGGGCCGACUGAAGCACCGCCAGGGACUCGAGCCAACUCAGAGACGUGUCAGACAUAUUCAGACAAUACAGGCCAGGAACCUUACCUUCAGUCCAAACGCCAACCAGCGGACCCUAGCCUCAGCCCUUUUCGUCCAUCCGACACCACAGUAUCCACAUCAGCAAGGCAACAGCAAUUACAAUACUGCCUAUAGCACCACUGGAAGCAACUACAACUACAACACCACUGGAAGUACCUACAGCUAUAAUCCCCAUCAACAACAGCUUCAGCACCAAAAUACCAGUCGAUCCAUAACGCCAUCGGUGGAGUUGCGCUCAGGGACGUCCUCGCCCACCAAGAGCAGUAGUUACUUUCGGUCACCAUGGAAGAGUUAUUCAACGGGUAUCCAAAAGAUCCGUGGGCCAGGAUCAGAUGCAGGAUCGGUAUCGGCGGCGUCCGAGUCUGGGCGAACAGGGGGUGCAUCAUCGGUCAUCAAGGAACCCAUUGCUCGGUUGUCAGCAGGACUGAAGGCGACGGUCUUUAGCGCGGGGACUUCUUAUGAAUCGCUGUCAGGGUAUGCUUCUGAAUCGGGAUCGGGAUCUGUCAAUGGACAAUUUGGAGGAGCAGGAAAUAUUGGUGGCGUGUCCAAGGCGAAAUCCAACGGCAGGGUCUCUGCAGACUUUUCAAACCAACAGCGACAGCAACAUUUGCAAGCACGCUACCAACAACUACCGCCGCAUCAGCAACAGCAGUUGGAGGAAGGGGGAUACUCGCGCUCGUUCAACGAUUCUCUUUCGGCGCCAUCGCUAUUGACUGCUCGAGACCGUCGACCGUCACCGAUUCAGGAUGUCACGUUGCGUAACGCCAAGGAUGAGCGGGAAGAUAACAGCAGUUCUACGCCUUCAACGGUAACGGAUGCUGAUUCAGAAUUGAAUAGUAGGCUGCCGGCGUUUUUAUCAGGAUCGAAAAGGAAAUCGGGCCCCAUCUUAUUGAACACCUACUUCACACUUCACGACCCUAACAAUGACGAAGUCAUCUAUACCAGUGAUACCGUGUUGAGUUCCAAUAAUCCCAGAUACAGUCCAUUAGAGGAGCAUGGAUUUCUGGACCCUUCAAAACGCAGGAUCUGCAGCAUCGUUGUUCGGAUAUGGGCAAGCUAUCGCGACUCGGACUAUUGUCUUCUUUUGGAGUGGAAGGUGGAGCUUUGCUGCUUGAGGUACAUUGGAAAGGAGCUUCGGGACUUGCCGUCAGGACUACCCAACAACAUGAUUCUCUUUGAGUUUGAGAGUGGGUACUAUACAGCAGCAGACGAGGAUGAACCCACGGAGCAUCCACAUACACAUUCGCUGGAACCGGUUGCAACAAUACCUGGUGGAGGUGGAGGAGUGAGUCGUUCGUAUACUUACGAGACGGUGAUGAGGCUGAAUAAUUUGCACGAGUGUAUAGCAGACACCAAAAAGUCGAGGGACGAAAUUAAGCACAGUAUCGAGUCUGCCAUGAACAAGGAGAACGCGCCCAUGAUCUUGCAAAAACGACGCGGAGAAUACACGGAACGGCUUUGGCACCUUCAGCGACAAGUUGGGCAUGAAUUGAAUGUCCUGGAAGAAGCCCAGGAUAGAGCGGAGGCAUUACGGCGAGAGCACGCUGCACGGAGGAAGGCUCUAGAGGAUUCUCGGGAACGCGGACAAACACAGGAGAUGUACCUGGAGGAGAACAUUCUCAACCUCACCAAGAACAAGGAGAGUCUUUUCCAUGUUCUGAAAGAGUACUCUUCCAAGCGCACCGAGCUCAUUGCAACACUUUUCACAAUAUUCCCGAUCACUGAGUCUGAAAACGAUCCCAAUCUGCUGAUGAUUUGUAAAGUGCCGUUGCCAAACUCGGUUUACAAUGGCAUGGAUGAGGACCUGGUCUCUAUUGCUCUUGGAUUUGCAUGUCAGCUUGUGGUCAUGCUGGCACACUAUCUCAACAUACCUUUGCGAUACCCUUUGACACCAAUGGGGUCCAGAGCUUUCGUCAUUGACCCUGUUUCGCUCCUUGUCGGUCCCAAAGAGUUUCCUCUCUACGGCAAGGGCCAGGAUCGUAACCGCUUCGAGUAUGGUGUUUUCUUGCUGAACAAGGACAUUGAGCAGUUGAUGAACUCUCAAGGACUUCAAUUCAUGGACCUGCGUCAAACUCUUCCCAAUGUUCGCUACCUGAUGGAGACACUUCUCACCAAGUCACCAAUACAAUCGAUGCUGUACCGUUCCAAGUUUAUGAAUCGCAGUAAGCAGGAUAGACUGGAUCAGGAUCGACUCGAAAACUUGUUCACGAUAUCGGUUGAGCAGCGCGAGUUUGACUACAACCUGAAUUCGAGAAGUCAUUCUUCCAUGGAAGGUGAAAAGGACCAAGGAACUUCAAGUUCAGGAAUGCGGUCGUACGACAAAAUUGGAGGCACACCCAAGAUCAAUCCUGGCGACCACUCGCUCCUGCAGCGGGAAUACGAUCCAAUUGAUGGCGGUUACACGUUGAUUUUGGACAGUGCGUCGACAAUGUCGCCGAGGAGCAGGAAAGAGACUGCGGGGAGCGACAUCUCGACGAUUGAGCGGAGUGAGCCUCGGAGUACGCCCAUGUCCCCCAGAGGCGCACACGAGAGGAAACCUAGUGGGCUUCAGCAUGGGUACUCUUCAAGUCUGGAACUGAGCAGCAGCAGUGAGGAUGAGGGUGGAAGUCAUAACGCGGAUGAGCCUGGGUUCUCGGGAUGGGCAUUUGAGACGGAGGCUGAUGCGGAUGAGCAACCUCCACCGCUCCCUAAGCGGCCGUCAGUCUUUGUUGCUUCGCCUACCACCACCCCACUGACGUCUCCUGUGGAGAGGCAGCGACAGCUUUCGUUUGGUUCAGUGAUCAGGCAACCUAUAGGUGUGGAAGCGAUGCCAGCAGAGCGAAUCCAAAAGUUUGUUCAGGACACGCCGUCUCGUCAAUCGCCUGAGCAGCGUGGGAAUGCUGAUGAGCCUAAUAUUGUUGGAACUCCUCCACAUUCGCCUCGUAGGGCAUCCUCGACCUCGACAACCACGACAACGACGGCCAGUACGGCGAAACCCUCGAACCAGACGAAACUGAGCGUCGUAACAGGUGUUCUUGGACGGGAUUUUAGUACCAAGAAUGAUAUCGAGGACGAGGAUGCUAUCGGACCAUGGAGUGUCUCUCAUUCUCCUCCACCACCGACGGUUGUCUCGGCAGCUGUUUCUCCCCAGGACGUUAUUGACUGGAAUAGACAGGGCAGGAGGAGGAUUAAUAGCGACUCGUCGCUUUCACCGCAGCAGCAACAGCAAACAUCGAAGGAUCCAGUUUCGGAGAGCAGUGAGCGCACGCUGUAUGGUUCGGGGCCAGUUUCAGUAACAACCGAGUCGCUCGUGUUGGAAGAGGAGUCCAGUAGUGAGCAUCCUAGUCCUGGGCUAAGUCAAGCACACAAUAUCAACAACGCCCGUCGUCGCUCUAGCAACAAGAUUGGGAUAGACAGCAGUACAAGUACCAGUCGGAGCAGCGACAGCGAGGUUGGUGUUCGUUCGACGACAUUUUCGAAGGAUUUGCUUGACAAGAAGCAUGAGCAACCACUUUCGUCGGCGCCGCCGACUGUUGUUACGUCCCCACGAGCUUUAGAAUCUAGUACAUAA